GUCCGUUUCUUCAAGACCGAGAGGCGACUCCAAACGGCAAAACGCAAUCCCUCUGCGAUCCCAAACGGCAAAACGCAAUCCCAAGGGCCAAGACGGCAAGACGGCAAGACCGAGAGGCGACUCAGGCGAGAACCGGAGAACGGCGAGAUUCGAGAAGCCUGUCCGCGGCGUCCGCCUGCUGGCUGCUGCGGCCUGCACUGCUGCAGCUCUGCGCCGACUCCGCCGAGAAGACUGAGCUCUGCGCGGCUGCGCCGACUCCGCCCGACCGGAGACCGCCCCUGCCGCCGACUACACUUCUGCAGUUCUGCAGCUCUGCACGACAGCCCAACAGGUAAAUAGGUAAUGAAGAGAUACUAUAACCCUAUUGAAGAAAAAGCUGAUGAAAGUAGCUCAUCAAAAAUUGUAGUGCCGGCUGUGCCGUCAACUACAAUUCAAGAAAACUCAACAACAAAUGACGAAGAGCAUACAAUCAUACAAUCAGUCGCCGCUAAUGAGUUUGAUGCUUCCCAACUUCCAUCUGACCCUGGAUUGAGAAUACCGAUCUCAAGGUAUCAUCCAAAUAUUAGAGAUCAAGUUCGAAGAGCAUAUUUGCAGAAAGGCCCUUGUCAACCAUUUGAACAUGACUUCCCAAUGAAGAUGGUUUCUGCAAAUAAAUCAAGAAGAUUUGUUCCGACUUGGUUUACUGAACAUGAAUGGUUGGAGUAUAGCAUAUCUAAAGAUGCUGCUUAUUGUUUGUAUUGUUACCUUUUCAAACCCAACAAAGGGAAACAAUCAGGAGGAGAUGUGUUUGUUUCAGAGGGAUUUAGCAGUUGGAAAGAUAAGGCCAAACUUAAUGUUCAUGUUGGAAAGCAUGAUAGUGAGCACAAUCAAGCUCGAAUGAGGUGUGAUGCAUUGAUGAACCAAGAUGCACAUAUCGAGACAAUUUUGGACAAUCAAUCAAUGCAGACAAAGCAUGAUUAUCGCAUUCGACUGACAGCCUCUCUUGAUUGUGUGCGGUACUUGUUGAGGUUGGGGUUACCUUUCCGCGGUCAUGACGAAUCUGAAGACUCUCUAAACCCAGGUAAUUUUCUAGUGACCAUGGAAUUUUUAAGAGAUCAUAAUGUUGAGAUAGCUUCUGUAGUAAUGGAUAAUGCACCAGGAAAUUGUAAACUUCUUGCACCUAGCAUUCAAAAAGAUUUAGCUCAUGCUUGUGCUAUUGAAACGGUGAAUGCUAUCAUUCAAGAUAUUGGAGAUUCUUUAUAUGUUAUUCUAGUUGAUGAAUCCUGUGAUGUAUCAACAAAAGAGCAAAUGUCAAUUGUGAUAUGUUAUGUUGAUGCUAGUGGAUAUGUGAAAGAACGAUUUAUUGGAGUUGAACAUGUCACUAGUACCACAUCACUUGCACUUAAGGAAGCGACUGACACGCUAUUUUGUAGACACAACUUGAGCAUAUCUAGAUUAAGAGGGCAGGGUUAUGACGGGGCGAGUAAUAUACAAGGGAGGCUAAGUGGGUUGAAAACAAUUAUUCUUAAUGAGAACCCAAGUGCAUAUUACAUUCAUUGCUUUGCACAUCAACUCCAACUUGCCCUUGUAGCUGUUGCAACAAAGAAUCUUCUCAUUGCUGAUUUUUUUCGUGUUGUUACUCAACUGAUAAAUGUUAUUGGAGGUUCGUGUAAACGUUCUGACAUUCUUCGUGAAAAACAAUUGAACUUCAUUGUUGAAGCGCUUGAAAGUGGUAAAAUUUCAAGUGGAAGGGGUCUUCACCAAGAAUCUUGCCUUCAGCGCGCUGGUGAUACACGUUGGGGUUCACAUUAUAGAUCUUUGGUGAGCUUGAUUUCAAUGUUUUCUGCUGUUGGUGAUGCUCUUGAUGUGAUACACGAUGAUGACGUAACUACGUCUAUGCAAAAGGUGGAGAUAGAGUAUUUACUCAAGAUGAUGCAUUGCUUUGAUUUUGUUCUAAAUUUGCAUAUGAUGAAAUUUAUUUUGGGAAUAUCAAAUGAGUUGUCUCAUGCUUUACAAAGGCGUGACCAAGAUAUUGUCAAUGCAAUGGAUCUUGUUAGAGUUUGCAGGUACAGACUUCAAGCUUCUAGAGAUGACAGAUGGGAUUCAUUGUUUGAGGAGGUUUGUAAUUUUUGUGAUCAACAUUCUAUUGAUAUCCCAAACAUGAAUGACACAUUCAUCCGUUUUGAUUCUCGAGGUCGCCCCGUACGUAAAGGACCAACUUUUACUAAUUUGCAUCACUAUCGCUAUGAUCUAUUUUGUGCUGUGAUUGAUUUGCAACUGCAAGAGUUGGGUGAUCGCUUUUCAGAAGCUAGUACAGAGUUUCUACUAUGCAUUGCUUGCUUAUCUCCACGAGAUUCAUUUUCUGCUUUUGAGAAGAAGAAAUUUCUUAGAUUGGCCGAGUUUUAUCCCCGGGAUUUUUCACCAUUAGAUGUUUGUAUUCUCACUGAUCAACUUGAAAGUUAUAUCUUUGAUGUGCGCUCUAAUGCUUUUUUUAAGGAGCUCAAUGGACUUGGUGACCUUGCAGAGAAGUUGGUAGAAACUAAGAAGCACAAGGUGUUUCCUUUAGUUUACAAGUUGUUGACAUUGGCAUUGAUUCUUCCUGUUGCAACCGCUAGUGUUGAAAGAGUAUUUUCAGCAAUGAAUAUCGUGAAAGAUAGGUUGAGCAACCGGAUGAGUGACGACUGGUUCAAUGAUAGACUUAUUGUUUAUGUGGAAAAAGACAUCUUCUUGAAAAUUGACAAUGAUGUCAUUAUCAAACGAUAUCAAUCGAUGAAAACCCGUAGAGAACAGUUGUAAAAUUAUGAUGUUUUUGUAUUUGACUUUAAUGCAAACUUUUAUUCCUAUA